CGUGGGUCUGCCGCAAACCUCACUCGCUGCUCCCAACGCGCAGCACACCGCGAAGACCUCCUCCUCCGCCGUCCAACCCUUCCCGCCAGCGCCGCCCGCCAGCGCGCCCGCCAGGCCUCGCGCCCACCGCCCCCUUUGCACGCUAAGCCGGCCGAAUUGUGCCCUUGCCGCACCCAACGACGGCUGUCCUGGCCCGCCGCGACUACCUCCAGGCCCGUCCGGCAAUAUCUGCCACACGGUCCGCCACGCCUACCGACGAGUGCCUCACAGCGAGCCUGACCAAUGUCACCCCCAUGUCACCGCAUUUGGACGCCCAAGGAAAUACCUCACCCCCCGCAUCGGUGAGGUCAAAUGCGCCGCAAAGCCCCGGCUCCAGCCAUGGCACCCCGACGUCCUCCACGCCUUCUCGAGAGCCUGCAGCGUCCGCGGUGACACCAAGAAGACUCUCGCACACCGGCCGCUCCAAGACAGCUCCGAUUGCACCGGAGAAGAGCCUCUGGCAGUCGUCAUUCGACCGGCCCCAGCUGGACGAGCGCGACAGCAUCUUUUCGACAACAUAUCUAGCGUCUGACAGCCCCAUCUCCUCGCCGCGGACCAGCGCAGCAGCACACACGACAGGCUCAAACGACGAUGCCCCCGAGCACAGCUUAUCAGAGAUGGCUGCACCAGCGCCGCUGCAGAGGAGACUGAUUGACCCGCCCUUCUUCCGCAGGAAGGAAUCAACGUACCCUCCCGUCGCCCUGCAAGACCCCCAAUCCAUUCUCGCUACCCAAUUCGCCCAACACAUCCCAAUUGAAUCCGUCAUGGGGCUCGAAGCGGGCCGCCAAAGCCCCCCGCCCUACAUGAGUCCCGUCGACUCUCCCGUCCGCCGAUCGUCCACACCGCACAGGGCAGACGCCCAUCCGGCCUUGAACAAGGCAUUGACUGACACCGAGGAGAGGCGCAGGAACAGAGAAUGGCGGGAAGGGAAGCCUGUGCCUUUCAAAGGCAGCGCUGCAAACGAAGACCCAACACUGAACGAUCAGGCUGUAAAGAAGAUAGAAGCUACGCUGCCCAAGGCGGAGCAAACAUCGUCCGGACGCAGCCGGAAAGCAAGUCACUUCCUCCGCGUCUUCAAGGAUGCAGAAGGCCCUGAAGAGCUGCAGAAGCGGGACGCACGAUCGAAGGACCGCCGACCUACCGACAAGCCACUCGUCUCGCUCUCUGAAGAGGUUGACGCCAAUGCUCUCACGCACUCGCUACAACAGGCAUCCCGUCCGGCAUCAGCCGUUCAAACGCCUCACGAUGAUGACAUCGAUUCCUAUUUCGAGAUACCGGGCUCAGUGUCCCAGCAUGACGACUCAGCAGCUCCUGCAUCGACGGCUGGCUCACAGAAGGAAGCAAAAUCGAACAAGCGCCAGUUGCCAUGGCCUCUCCUGGAAGAGAUCAGAAACUUCGCCAACCUAAUAUCUGGUGCCGCUCCGGGAUCGUCCGUGUCGAGGAGCUUGCCGGCUUCAGUCCUGGAUAAGCUCCAUGCACACGCGUCCAGAAUCACGGGUUCGCAGUCUCAAGACGAGCCGAUGGAUUACUUCCAAGCCAAGGAGAAGAAGGAGAGCACGAAUCCAUCGCUGGCAUCCGAAGAAGAUGAAGACUCAGAGCGCGAACAGAUUUCGUCUGCUUUGUAUUUCCCCCAUCGUCAACACAAAGUAGCCGAACCGGGCACCCCAGUUGAAGAGACACGACGACCAGAGGUGGACGAUAGCCGUAAGAGAAACUCGGUUCAUGCGGGCAAAGUACCCAGAGGUUGGGAUACAGGAGAGGCUGUUCAAACUCCUGAAGAAGUAGAAAUUUCUCUACAGUCCCAAGAUACCAAUCAAUGCCUACAUGGUGACAUCGCUGCGACAGCAUCAGUGCAGAAAGAAAACGACAAAGCGUUGACACCUGCGUCAUCUGAUGCAAUUUCAGCUGAAUCUGAAUCUGAAGUUGAAUCGCUAGCAGAAUCUACGCAGUCACUUCUUGGCUAUGAAUCGAGCGCAACUGACGACCUAGGCACGACGCCCACUGCGACGAUGACCAAACCAGAACACAAGGCUGUGACAGCGCCCGCCCCGGCUCCGCAGCCACCGGCUCCGCUUGGUGCUGUGGAGUUGAAACCGUACAACCAUCAGGUCGGUGGUCAUUCCACUGUGUACCGUUUCUCGAGGAGAGCCGUUUGCAAGCAACUCAACAACCGUGAGAACGAGUUCUACGAAACGGUCGAAAGGCAUCACCCUGAGCUGCUAGAUUUUCUACCAAGGUAUAUCGGUGUUCUGAAUGUCACUUAUCGCAAAGCGCCGAAGAAAAAGAAGAAGGACAAGACGAAAACAGACACAGAAUUUGCAGCCUCAGCUGCACAACCGGAUACUGCACCCAAGGACGAAACACCAGCAGUCCCUCGGGAUGCGAAAGCAGAAUAUCAGCCCAGGGUUGUCAGUCACUCGCAGCAACUGAUGCCUGCACCACAAGUCAUCUUUGCGAACAAUCGCCACAUCAUCCCAGACAACCUGUUCGGUGUUCCGCCGCGUUCAGCGACGCCAGAUCCAUGGACUGGCAACGGCUCGUUCUCUUCUCAGUACCAUCGAAGAAACCAAAGUGUGCAAGACUACAGUUCGAACGGUUCGGACAGGCCUCCAAUGAGGCACCACAGCAGCUGGGGCGUCACGACGAUCAAUCGGAAGCUGCAAGAAGAGGUGCUCCGUCAGGUGUUUGCACCUCCUACCAUUCACCAUCGCCAACGUCACCAGCAUCACGGCAUUGGCACUCGUAGACUGGGUAGCGAUAAUGCACAAUCCAUGGCCGGCUCUGCGCCGUCGAUGAGACGAAACAGCACGGAUGUCUCUGCCCUGCAACCCGGGCUUCGGGAAGAGUCUCCCCGUAAGCAGAUACUGAAGGCUAACGCGGAAGCACGUCGACAAGCUUCGGACGCAAGCGAACUCGCCGUCAGCUUCGGGUCAACGGAGGAGCUGAGAUCGAGAAAUGCAGACUCACCACAGCCGCCGUCAAGCAACGCUCCUCGGCGAAGACACUCCGGCAGUGGACUUGUGCGUAGGCCCCUAGGACUGGAUUCUAACAGGAGGCACAACCUUGAGUUCUACGAAGAGGAUGGCUACGGCAGGGACGGUGAAGAAGAAGUUUUCGCCAUGGACGAAGACCGCAAACCACUCUCCCCGACCAAGAGCACUCAGAAGGAUCAGCCAUCGCUUUCCGAUAAUCUAUCCACCACCGCACCUGAUUCGGAAGGCCUGAUGCUCCCGGCUCCAGUCACACCUAAGAAGAAGGCAGAAAACCCGGCGAUCGAAGAACCUGCGAAUCCUGAGGAAGCUCAGCAACAACCCGAUGAGCGCGUGCAGCAUUUUAUCCUGCUUGAGGAUCUUACUGCAGGCAUGUCUCGACCUUGCGUACUAGACCUGAAGAUGGGUACCCGUCAGUAUGGUGUGGAAGCUGAUGAGAAGAAAGUACGAUCGCAGCGUCGCAAAUGUCAGAUGACCACGAGUCGCGAGCUUGGUGUCCGCGUUUGUGGCAUGCAGAUAUGGAACGUGAAGACGCAGAGCUACGUUUUUGAGGACAAGUACUAUGGCCGCGAUCUGAAAGCCGGCAAGGAGUUCCAGGACGCCCUCAAGAAGUUCUUCUGGGACGGCACUGGUUACAAGGCUGCUAAUCGACACAUUCCCAUUAUUCUGGAAAAGAUCAGCCAACUCGAGCGUAAGAUCAGGAAACUGCCAGGUUACAGGUUCUAUGCCAGCAGUCUGCUGAUGCUGUACGAUCGAGGCGAUGGGGAACAGAAAGAGAAAGAGAAUAACUCCAACCAGAACGGGUUUACCACGCCGAGCGGUGAUGAUCUAUCCGCCGCACCCUCAGCUGCACCAUCAGGACCGAAUUCCCCCGGUCUAGUGUCCACUUCGAGCCCAGCGCCACCAAAGGAUAAAUCGGAGAUCAAGCUCAGGAUCGUCGACUUUGCCAAUUGCGUUACCGCUGAGGACACGCUUGAAGGCGCGUCAUGCCCGCCCAAAGACCCCGACGAGGUGGACAGAGGCUACCUGCGCGGACUGCGAUCGUUGCGACUGUACUUCCAGCGCAUCUAUCGCGACAUCAACGAAGAAUGGGUAGAGCGUGGCGAAGGCGAAGGUAUGGCUCGCGGAAACCACCACCACGGCUCCGGACUCGGCGAAGCUGGGGGUGGCUGGAUGGAUGAGCCCGGUGGUGAGGAUACGGGAUACGUUAGUUUCUAGCGAAUUCGCACACAGUUGUGACUUCGCGGGAGAGGGAGAGUAAUUGUGUUACUUCAAGAUACCACGCGGAGUUUGGUAAGUUAUACGGCGCGUUAUGCUUUCUUGCUUAGCAUGGCGUUUGGUGUUCGCGCAAGACAAAGUAUCGAAAUUGUUCAUUGGGCAUGCAGACGGCGUAUUGCUUUGCAUGGGGCGGAUUACUGGUCUGGGCGAGGUUGGGUACGGUUCUAUUCGUUGUAUAGUAUACCUAGAGUGAUAUCGUAGUGAAAGCGUGGCAAAGCAAUUCAACGGUUAUAUUGUU